AUGUCGAAGACGAAGAACACGCCGCUGGUCACAUUGCCGCACCACCGCAGUAUCAACUGCGCGUACUUCUCUCCUCGUGAUGGCGCUUGGCUGGUGACGGUGGGCCAGGAUUCUUACAUCGACAUGUUCGACACAUCGAGUCUUACGGAACGUAAACCCUCGGACAAGUCUGCGGUCACGCUGCCUGACUCGGUCCGCGUCCGACACAACAAUUUGACGGGUCGAUGGCUCACGAAGCUGCACGCGGCGUGGGACCCCAAGCGGCCAAACCAGUUCGUCAUCGGAUGCAUGGAGCAGCCACGAAGGAUCCAGAUCUUCCGCGCUGGCCGCCGCCGUCCAGUGCGCGAGCUCAAGAGCGACAACUUUGCGUCAGUGCACUCCAUCAACGCGUUCCACCCUCAUCUCGAGUUGAUCGCAGGUGGCAACUCGUCUGGUCGACUUGCACUUUGGCGCGGCAAGAAGACCGACAAAGCUGAGGUCAAGACCGAGACCAGAAGUAGAACUCGGGUGAAGGAGUGA